AUGAUGCGCUCCUUGACCGGACUUCUGAUGGCCUGGUCCCUCGUUGGCAUCCGGGCCUUUUCGCUUUCCUUGGACGUCGCGGAUGGCGGGAAGCCCGUGGGCAAAGUUGUCGCUCUGCUUGAGACGAUGUCAAAGAAGUUGGAGGAAGACCAGAAGGCGGAUGAAGACAUGAAGGAGAAGAUGGAUUGCUGGUGCAAGACCAACCAGGAUGACAAGGCAGCCUCGGCAUCGGCGGCCCAGGACAAGCUGACGGGCCUGAAAGCCACGGUCGAGGAGUUGCCUCCAAAAAUCGACAUGCUCUCCACGCAGAUUCGCACUUCCACCCAGGAUCUGAACAGCAACAAGGCGACGGUGGACAAGGCGAACGCCAUCCGUGCGCAACAGCGCACAAACUUCGAGGAGGAUAAUGCCUCCUUGACUGAGUCGCUGGCAGCUGUUGGUGGUGCCAUCACAGCCCUGAACAGCAGCGCAUCGUCUGAGAU